UCUUGUUGUCUGAAUAAAUAAACGUAAUAAUAAAAAUAUGUCUAAUUGACACGGAAAUGUACCCUACUUUUAUAGUGGUCCAUUGAUGGAACCUCGAUGGAACCCUAACGUAGCCGUAGGUAAGUAGUUACGAAUACGUUCUACUAGUAGUUCUAACGUAGGAAGUUAAAGCCGUUCAAAGUUUAAUCACCAAUAUGUUACAUAUAUUCCUCUCUUAGCUAAAGAAAACUUUGUAUAAAGUCCUAUCAGGGUGCUGUCGAUAACAUAACAGCAAUUUCGGCAAAAUUCCGAAGAGCGAUUCCUCAACUCCUUAACGUACUCGUACCUGUAUAUAUUAUACAUAGAGUUAUAAACAGGUAGCGCGCAUUUCUACCGCCUUGUGCUUUUACCUUUUCUAAGAAUGUUUAAGGAACGUAUUACUGUUGACAAGCUUCUUAUUCAAUUCACCUGAACCCUGCCUGUCACUUAUUUAUACAGAUAUUUCCAUAAAAUUAUUUUUGGGAUGUGGAUGCUACAAAUUGCUUUAUCAGCGCAGUAUGACUAUGAAUGAAUUGUCAGAUUGGCGGAAACCGGCACUUUCCGCACGACGAAGACAAAGGGCGUUGAAAUGCGUUGCUAUUUUGCAUCAGGCAUGAAAUCACUGGAUGAUUGCAGCCAAAUGGAAUCUUUCUCAGCGAACUCUAUAGAGCCCAAUUGCCUCUUAUGAGACACCCAAGCUGCGGGAUAAUAAUAUGGCAAUCCCUUACGUCAUCAAGUACAAUUUAUAACAUGCAGAACCGACUAGAAUUUGGUACUUUUGCUUGACUUGAUAUACAAUAAUAAGCAGGUACAGUCGACGUCAAAUAAAUGUUUAUACUUUGCACCUUACUCCUUAGUAAUAAGACGAAAAUGUAAAUUUAAAUUUGACUUCGACUGUACAUUGGUAUUAUUGGUAAGUAAUGUAAGUAUUAGGUAUUAUAGGCCAUGUAAUAAUUUUGUGUAAACCACUCGUAGGCUUAUGUGUAUAAAAUACCUGCUGUUGUAUUUUUAAACGACCAAGAUUUCAAAAAGGAGGAGGUUUUCAAUUCGGUUGUAUGUUUUUUUUGUUUUUAAUUAUAAUAUAUUGUUAUUAUAAUAUGUUUCACGUACAUACUAGAUAAUUUUAACUCUUUAGCUAGUCCAAGAUAAUUAUAUCGCUUAAUAAGUAUUUCGUGGACUGAAAUACCUAUUUACGGAGCGCUCAGUAGCCGGAUUCACAUUGACGAAAUUUAGUUGUUUCCAUAAAUAAUACCUUUUCUGUUUAAAUUAUUUCUAGUUGGUCUCCGGUCGUUGUCACUAGAUAACAUGGCACCAGUUGACGACAACCAAGCAUAUGAAGGAGAAGAUGGAGACUAUCAGUUUACAAAUAAUUUUAUUGAUACACCAUGGGACGAUCGAUCGAAAAAAAGCAAGAUUGGAAUAAUUUCAUUAUUAGUGGCAAUUUUUGCUGUGAUAGCUACUUGCGUCUGUCAUAAUUUCAUGAUGCACUAUGCAUCUGGAUCUUUUCCUACAUUCAAAGUUGAAAACACUUGCCCCUUAAUUAAUUUUAACGAUAUAGGAUAUUAUAACUUUGUCGCCAAGGUGUAUUCGUUAUCGUCGAAAGAACUGCUGUGCGUCGGGGCUGUGUUGAGUGAUAAUGCUGUGCUGGCGGACGAAAUCUGUGCUAGAGACGGACCCGUUAUUUUGGUCAUAGGACAUUCCAAAGAUCCACGCUGCAAGAAAGGUCAUGCUGUUGAUGAAAUUAUAGAGGUCGAUCACGAGGGGAUGUUAUCCCAAAAAUUAAUUAUACUAAAGACCAAAGGUGAUUUCGCCGAAUGUCGAAGUACUAUCCAUAUAGGAUCAGAAUUAGAGUGGAAGACGCCCGCCCAUAUUAUCGGGCGGCCAUUGACGCACAGUGGCCGAGCACUUAUCACUAAGCAGCCAGUGGCUGUGUUCGGAAGAGGUAACUGUUCUAUACCAGGAACGUUGAGCCAAAAACUGGAUAAAAAUAUGAUAAUUUGCGUUACAAAUUUCGGUCGUUGUCAAGUACACGCCGGGGACUUGCUCACACAGCGGGGGCGCCUGUUCGGGCUGGCGUCCACCGGGGUGCAUCGCGCGGGGAGCACGGCGGCUUACUUCGCUGAUUUAAACUCCGUAAGGGAAAAAAUUGCACCAUUCUUCAAAGUAGAUUUUUAAAAGAUGUACAAAACAAGAAAAACACUUGACGUUCAGACUCAAACAGUUAUUAUCUCGAAUAUGUAUGUACAUGUACAUACCUACUUAAUGCAUAUAAGAAUAUAAAAUUACCUAAAUUUUUACCUCUGGAUAAAGUUGAUAAAAAACCUUCGACCCCUGUAAACACAUUGUCAACGAGUCAAAAUUCAUAAAUUGUUUAGGUCUACCACUAUACAGGUGAAAUGGUUCCACUCGUCCGUACGCAAAAAGUGAAAGACGUGUGCAAGACGUGUCUGACAUUUCCCCCCGCAAAAUAUGGCAGAAUUUGUACGGUAUGAUAUCGCUUGGGCUCUUCUUUUCCGAGGUGUCGGAUGCGGGUGUUGCUCUUUAUUGUGGGUAUUGUAGGCACACUGAAUAACUUUUACUAUGCGGCAAAACCCGAAAUCAUGAAAAAAAAAUCUGCCGUCGCGUACUUUUAUGUCAAUGUUUUCAUGGAACAGCUGAUUUAUAUCGCGAUUUCGGGGUUGGCCCCAAAGUAAAAGUUGUUCAGUAUGAUCCAUAUAUACAUACCCCUAAGCGUAUGGUCAAACAUAACAAUUUCACCCUGUAUUGAUGCGGUUUAUAAGAAGUUGCUAUGGUUAAUAGACUGAUUGACUGGCUUAGCUAUGUGCGACUGAUUAGAAUAAUGAGUAAGACUUUCUUAGUAAGUAUAAUAACUAUUAUAAUAACUCCCUACGCUAAUAAUACGUUUUUUUUUUCUAAAUAUGAAAUAAUGCCUUUCCUUAAAUUGUUUUGCAAAAGAGCUGGAACUGCUGGUUCGAUUUUUAUCAAACUAUUGCAAGGAAAUUCGCUUUCACGAAAAAAACCACAUUGAAAUCGGUCCAUUCGUUUGAGAAACAUUGGCGUCAAACAUAUAACAUCCCUCUUUUUGUGUCGUUCGCUCUUACUCGUCCAUACAAAAAGAGAAAAUGUUUUUUCACUUCUAAAUAUUUUCCAUUCUCCAAGAUUUUUUACUAAGUAUGUUAUUGACACAAUGAAAAACUAGGUUUAUAUGUAUUACUUUUUUUUUCAAAAUUUGCAAAACAAUUUUUUUCCAAAAAGGGAAACUUAUAUACCUAGAAAAUAUGUAUUAUACUAAAGCGAUCGACAUCAAAAUCAAAGUGAUAUGUUCAGAUUUAGUUAAUGGAAACCGUUUUCUACCGAAAUGGAAUUUCAUAGGAAAAGUACCGUUAUUUCGUUAGCAUCGCGAAGCUAUUCUUCUCUCUUAAAAAGGCACCUUCUGCUAGAAACCCAUCGCAUUACUGCUUUAACAACUGCUUGAUUUAUGUGGUAGAUAUCUAUACGAAGCAUCUACUUAUAUAUAUAGUGUUUUUUUAAUAACGUAAGUGCCCCAUUUAGAAAAUAUAUACCUGCUUAGCAAUGCUUUCAGUAUAUUACAAUGGUUCUCAAAAACGA